AUGGCCACUGCUCAGGUUGUAUCAGCAAAGACAGCCCUCCCUGUGGAGGACACAACUCAUGAGGAACCAAUUAAGGCACAAGAAGUAGUGACAGAAGUAGCAGCGGCUGAAGCAGAGGCUGUUGCAGAAGAGCCAAAGGUGGCAGAGACUGUUGUGGCUUCUGGUGAAGUUCCUGAGGCUGAGGCUGAGACUGCAGAAGCUGAUGAAACCACCCCAGCUGAGGUUGAGACAAAGGAGGUGAAGGUGGUGGAGGAGGCCAAGGAAGAUGUUGUGGCCAAAGAAGAAGCAGAAGAACCAACAGCAGAGAAGACUGCUGAGCCAGAACUUGUAGAGGAGACUAAGGAGAAAUUGAAUAUUGACGACUCUGUUGAGGCUCCUUCUGCCGAACCAAUUGCGCCGGAGCCGGUAUCGGAACCAGCGGCUGAAGAUCCUAAAGAAAAGGUAGUGGUUAAGGAAGAAGAGAAGCCUGAAGCUGUUGAGGAAGAGAAGCCAGCUGCUGAUGCUGCCGAGGAGAAGGUUGUCAAGGAAGAGCCAGUGGAGAAGGCUGAGUAA